AUGAACUCGACGACGAAGCGGCAGAAGCAGCGCAAGGUGUUGCUGAUGGGCAAGAGCGGCGCCGGCAAGUCGUCGAUGCGCAGUAUUGUCUUCAGUAACUAUGUUGCAAAGGACGUCCGACGGCUGGGCGCAACCAUCGACGUGGAGCACAGCAACAUCAAGUUCAUGGGGAAUCUGAUGCUCAAUCUGUGGGACUGCGGAGGUCAGGAUGGCUUCGUUGAAAACUACCUCACGCAAUCCCGCAACCACGUCUUCGGCUCCGUCGCUGUCCUCAUCUUCGUCUUCGAUAUUGAAUCUCGCGAGUUUCCCGCCGACGUCAUAUCGUACUCGAACAUCAUACGCGCCUUGCACGAAUGCAGUCCCGGCGCCAAGGUCUUCUGUCUCAUACACAAGAUGGAUCUCGUCCAAGCGCGGCUGCGGCAAGCCAUGUUCGAUGAGCGCGCCGACUAUAUUCGAGAAGCGUCAGAGGGUUUCAAGGACACUGUAGAGUUCUUUGCGACAAGCAUCUGGGAUCAGAGCUUGUACAAGGCAUGGACGAAGAUAAUAUACUACCUCAUCCCAAAUGCAGGGACUAUCGAAGCGCUCUUGGAGCAGCUGGCAGAAGUCAUCGAUGCGAGGGAACUGAUCCUGUACGAGAGGACGACUUGUCUGACCGUGGCACAUGUCACGCGGAAGACGGAGGAGCCAAACCCCUUCACAGACCGAUUUGAGCGGAUAUCGAGUAUCCUGAAGACACACAAGCAGAGCAUGGCGCGGCACACCAACAUCCCCGCCGGCAGCGCCAACUUCGCCGAAAUGCAAAUCAAAACCGGCAGGUUCAUGUUUUUCAUCACGCGCCUUACCGAAAACACAAACCUCGCCGUAGCCAUCCCGCCAUCCGAGCAAGUCUUCAACGCCGCGCGUGUGAACAUAUUCCAGGUCCGGCCGAAGUUUGCGGAACUCGAUAUCGCGUCCAAGCCGCGGCCGCCCAUUCAGCAGGCGUUUGCAGGGUCGGCGGAUACAAUUGAUUCGAGUGAUAAGGGCAAGGGGAAGGAGAUUGCCGCGUGA